CCCUGUCUGAUCUGGCCCAGUGUGGGAAGCUGUCACUUUAAGACUGCAGCAGAAGCACCACUUGGAAUGAAAUUGCACAAGAAAAUUGAAAUCUCUAUUCCACUCCCGACUUCUGCAGCCUCUCCUGGGCUGUGGACUCAUUCCUUAUUUGCUUUCAUCCCCUCCUGGCCAAAGAAGGCCUUAUUUAAAAGAGAAUCUCCUAUGACACACCACCUGUAUGGGGACAUUUCAAGAGACAGUCAAGAGACUUCUGAGAAUGGAGUGAUUUUUCACAAAUGUGCAAUGGUGUCCGGGCAGAGUGAGCCACAGGCAGCCCACAUAUGGCUGCUGGUCAACAACACCAGUUCACCCUUGUCAGCCAACCUCUCCAACCUCCUCCUUCUGGACAACAUCACUGGCCUCGCCAUGAGGGAGUCUGUCGGAAAUAGGACCUCGGAAGGAGUCCAGACUUUCAGAAAGAAGUUUCUGCAAGUGGGAGACUCCUACGUGGUCAGCUACACAGCCGCGCUGCAGGAAGACCUCAGGAAUGGGGAGAGCCGGGUGCUUCCUGCCCAGCUCACUUUUCAGAGCUCCUCACCGAACAGAACACUGCUGAAAGCUGCUUUUACCAUCACAGCAGAAGAAAAGAUAACGGUUUUGCCACACCAUGGCCUCCAUGCAGCGGGCUUCUUCGUUGCGUUCCUCCUCUCCCUGGUGCUGACCUGGGUAGUUCUUUUCUUCGUGGAUCGAUAUCAGUGUCUGCAGGGAAGCAUGCUUGCCAGACAUCGGGUUCGGCAUCACGAGAGCAAGCUGGAACCCUUGCUGUUCGCCUCAGCUGAUGGUGUGAAUGAGGACCUUUCUCUUAACGACCAGAUGAUUGACAUUCUGUCUUCUGAGGACCUUGGGAGCAUGCUGCAAGCCUUAGAAGAGUUGGAGCUUGCAACCCUGAAUCGGGCAGAUGCAGAUCUGGAGACAUGUCGGACCCAGAUCAGCAAGGAUGUCAUUGCCCUUCUGUUGAGAAAUCUUACCAGCAGUGGCCACCUGUCAUCCCCAGUCGAGAGGAGAAUGGGUGCUGUUUUCAAGAAACAGUUUCUGUUGCUGGAAAAUGAAAUAAAAGAAGAAUAUGAUCGAAAAAUGGUGGCACUGACGGCCGAAUGCGACCUGGAAACCAGGAGGAAGACAGAAAGCCAGUACCAGAAGGAGAUGGCGGCAAUGGAGGAAGCAGAGGAGUUACUGAAGCGCGCCAGUGAGAGGUCCGCUGUGGAGUAUAGCAGCCUUCUGCGGGCCCUCCAUGGCCUGGAGCAGGAGCACCUGAGGAAGUCUCUCACUUUGCAGCAAGAGGAAGACUUUGCCAAGGCUCACAGACAGCUUGCUGUUUCCCAGAGACACGAACUACACCGGAUCUUUUUUACCCAGAUAAAAAGUGCUAUUUUCAAAGGAGAAUUGAAGCCAGGGGCGGCUAAGAUGCUGCUGGAAAAUUAUUCUAAAAUACAGGAGAAUGUGGAAGAGCUGAUGGACUUUUUCCAGGCAAGUAAGAGGUACCACCUAAGCAAGCGAUUUGGCCACCGGGAGUACCUGGUCCAGAACCUGCAGGCGUCAGAGACCCGCGUGCAAGGCCUUCUGAGUGCAGCUGAAGCUCAGCUGACCCAUCUCAUCCAGAAACACGAGAGAGCAGGGUACUUGGAUGAAGACCAAACAGAAAUGCUAUUGGAGCGGGCUCAGACAGAAGUGUUUUCUAUAAAGCAGAAGUUGGACCAUGACUUAAAGCAGGAAAAGAAAAAGCUCCAUCAAAAAUUAAUAAUUAAGAGAAGACGAGAGUUGCUGCAAAAGCACAAGGAGCAGCGGAGGGAGCAACUGUCCGUGGGCGAGGCCUUCCGAGCCGCCGAGGAUGUGGGCCAGGCCUUGGGCCAGCAGAGGAGCAUGAUGGCGGAGCACAGCGCCGCCCUGGAGGAGCUGCAGGAGCAGCUGGAUCAGGCUGCGCUGGACGCGCUCAAGGCCCUGACCCUCUCGCUGUCCGAGAAGGCCGCCGAGGAGCUGCGGCGCCUCCAGAACACGGCGCUGACCCAGGAGCUGCUCAAGCGGGGCGUGCCCUGGCUCUUCCUGCAGCCCAUCCUGGAGGAGCACGGGAAGGACCUGGCUGCGCGGGCCCAGCAGCUGGAGGGCGAGGAGCGUGACAGGGACCGGGAGGGCGUCCGGGGAGUGAGGCAGAGGCUGAAGGACGACGCCCCGGAGGCCUCGGCCGAGGAGCAGGCGGAGCUGAGACGCUGGGAGCGCGUGAUCUUUACGAAGCUCUGCUCCUCGGCUUUCUCCCUGUCCGAAGAGGAGCUGCUCAGGAUGAGACAGGAGGUCCACGGCUGCUUCGCUCAGAUGGACAGGAGCUUGGCCCUCCCCAGAAUCCGGGCCCGAGUCCUGCUGCAGCAGUUUCAGACGGCCUGGCGAGAGGCGGAGUUCCUGAAACUGGACCAGGCCCUGGCUGCCCCCGAGCUGCAGCAGCUGUCUAAGGCGAGAAAGCCACGGUCCAAGAGCAAAAGCAAGAUCGACCUUUUGAAGAAGUGCCUGGAGGACAAAAUUCACCUCUGUGAGGAGCAGGCCCCUGAAGACCUGGUGGAGAAGGUUCGGGGUGAAUUGCUGCGGGAGAGAGUGCAGCAGCUGGAGGCCCAGGAGGGGCACUUCGCAGAGUCACUUGUUGCUCUGCAGUUCCAGAAGGCAGCCCGGGUGACCGAGACCCUGUCAGCCUACACCGCCCUCCUCAGCCUCCAGGACUUGCUCCUGGAGGGACUGAGCGUGUUGGAGACGCUGACCAAGUCAGCCUGCACCCAGAUCCUGGAGUCCCACGGCCCGGAGCUCCAGGAGCUGGAGAGGAAGCUGGAGGAGCAGCUUGCCCGGCAGGAGGAGGCCCAGCAGCAGCAGGCCCUGGCGAGCUGGCAGCAGUGGGUGGCCGAGGGGCCUGGGCUUCUGAACGAGCCUGGGGAGACGGACUCCGAAGGGCAGGUCUCCGCCGUCCUGCAGCGAGCCCUGGGCAGGAGCCAGGAGCUACUGGAGCACCGCCAGCAGAGACUGAGAGAGGAGCAGCGGAACAGUGUUGUGCUGGAAGACUUGCUGGAAAACAUGGAGGCAGACACCUUUGUGACCCUGUGUAGCCAGUGCUAUACGACCUCACAGAAUAUGAGGAAGAGGAAGAUGACAGACUUCCCUGCCGUAGGCCGGGGCUUUUGCUGGGGUGACUCGGGCAGGGCCCCAGUGACGGGACAGCAGUUGGCCCGGAUAGAUGAAGCCUUUUGA